AAGCCAAUAAAAUAUUAAAAAUUUGUGAAAAAGAGGAUGAUAAAAUAUGUGAAAUAGUUACAAAAGACUCGAUCUGAUUUACUGAAGUACUAAAGAAACACUUAUUCAAACAACUAGACACUAUCUUUGUGAAAAUAAAGCUUAAUUAAUUUAAUUAAAAAAUGGCUAAUGUGGGUUGCGAAAAACGCGGAAGGAGCCGGAGUCGUGAUCUAAUUUUGGUCAUGUUUCUGGUAUUGCUCACUGCCGAACAAUCCCAGGCAUUGCCUUUCAAUCCCUCCUUCAUGGAGGGGGUACAGUCGGAGGUGGUGAAUCCCUUUAACAGGACCAUCCUCAGUCGCUUCAACCUGACCGAGGAGCAGAUACAACGCAUCCAGAACCGAAGCAAUCCCAAUAUGAGGGACGAGGCCUCCCAGUCAUCCAAUCAGCUGUAUCUGCAGCAAGUCGCCACCCAAAGAUUAAAUGAGAUUAUCAAGCGUGUCCAGAAGGCCAUCACAAAUGACCCGAACAGUAGCACCACCAAGGAGAAGGCUGGCUUCCCCAUCUGCAAUGCAGAGACAACCAUUCCAGAGGAAUGGCAGCUGGGCACCAAUGUCACUCUUAAGUUCGCCAACAGUGUGUUUGUCCACAAUGAUGACCGUCUUACCAGCGCUGUGCUUCGCCUCUACAAGACCUAUCCUGGCCAUAAUCCUCAGGAUCAGGUCCCAGUUCCGACAGAGCCUACUGAAAGGACCUCCUCUCAAUGCCCGGAUCAGCCUCAAGCGGGUCCCCAAAUUCGAGUCACCGUAUCCAUCGUCCAUCAGCAAAAGAAGAAUCGUAAAUUAGAACGUAAGAAGCGCACUUGCAACACCACCAUGUUGAGCAGCGCCAUGACCGGCUGGGUGGAGAUCGAUGUCAAGUGUGCCCUCGCCUACUGGGAGCAGCAAAUGCGUCAGGAGGAGCAGCAGCAGCAACGUCACUCGCAACAACAGCAGCAACUGGCUGCCAGUGUGGUGGGCAUGCUGAUGAUUGAGGUGCAUGACGACGAGGAGAAUCCUUUGAGGCCAGGACUCUACUUUGCGCCACCCACCUGCGAUCAGGCAGAGAUUGCAGUCCCUUGGAGCGCAUACGGAACAGAAUCGCUUAAGCCUGAUCUGGAGAGUUGGACAGUGCCAAGAAACCCAAGGUUAGACGUUUUCUUCCAUACCAUCCCAUCAUUCAACAGUGGAGUCAAAACCAUUUACAUUUCCCCGAAAAUCAAAUCUUAUGGCAUGGAAACUACCACAUCUGGAUCGCCCGCAAUCGACAACCAGCUGGAUGGAGUCGGCGAGAAGGAGAGCCAGGAGCGAGAGCACCGACGACAUCACCUGUCGGAGUCUAGCUCUGGCUCGGAUUCGGAGUCGAGUCAAGUGGAGACCGGGAUCGGGGCUGAGGAGCUUUUUUCCUCGGCGAGCAACAGCGAACAGAUGGAACCGAUCUCCAAUCACCACCGGCAACGCUCCGGCCAGCACCACCAUCACCAUCACCACCACCAUCAUACGCACCAGCUCCAGCAGCACCACCACUAUCAGCGCCACCACCACAAGCACCACAAGAUGACCCACAAGCCGGAGUAGAACCAUGUUCCAGGAUCCUUUCAUAAAAACACACAUUCAUAUAAACAAAAAAACAUUUCUCACCCUCACUCAUGCUGGUCUUAAAUUUAAUUUUUUGUUUUUAUUUUUAACAUUAGGGCCAGUUGACUUAAUUAGUUUUUAGUUCAUCGGUUUCUUUUAUCGCGUAACCUUAUUUAUAAAAUUCGUUCGUAAGCUAAGCAAAAUUUCCAUCGAAAUUUGUCGUUUAUUUUUAGAAACUUUCGUAUAUUAGAAGCCUGUGAUUUAGAUGUGGUUGAAUUUGCCAUUCUUUGUUUAUCAUUUAUUAUACAAAAUUAUCCAGAAAACACAAAAAAAAAGAAUUAUUGAAAAACUAUAAGAAAAUUUUAUAUACGAAUUUAA